AUGGAACUCACGCGCAAACGACACCACCGGAAAUUCAUCCCGCGGAAAAAAUUCAGGAAAACGCGCAUAGAAAGUGAUUAUAGCGGGAUUGUAAAUUUAUCAGAUAGGGUAUUAAAUAAAGCCGAAUUAGAUGUUUUGUCCAAAGGUCUAAAUUUCUGCCCGACUCCAGGGGCACCACAAUUAGAUAACAUACUCACUCACACCUACCUUUUUAACCGAAGGGUACGCAUCAACCAUUUCUUCAAGGAUACACCAGAACAAGAGAGAAGCCCGUUCCGCAGAACAUCCGGCUGGACUCCACCGGCAGGAAAUGAUACUUUUCUAGAUACUUUUCUCAACAUAGUCACAGAAAGUAUACACGAUCACCGGAUUCGGAAACCACACAGAAGCAACCUUUCCAAUAAGGAAAAGGAUGCCCUCAAAUCACUGAGUAAUGAUGGAAACAUCGUCAUAAAACCAGCGGAUAAGGGUGGCGCUAUAGUCAUCCUUAACAAAGAGGACUACAUGCAAGAGAUACACAGGCAAAUACAUGAUAGUACUCACUAUGAGAAAGUCAAAUCAGAUCUAAACCCAUCAGUCACAAAAAAGAUUACCGGUUUUCUUAAGUUCAUAAAAGAUAGAGAGCUAUUAACCGACACUGAAAUCAAAUACUUAACGCCAAGAAACCCCCGAACCCCGAUAUUUUAUACGCUAUCUAAAAUACACAAAGCAGGUAAUCCGGGAAGACCCAUAGUAUCGCAAAUAGGUAGUUGCACAGAAAAGAUAUCAGAAUUUGUAGAUCACCAUCUUAAACCACUAGCCAUGAAAACAGACUCAUAUUUGAAAGAUAGCAAUGAUUUCCUACGAAGAAUAAUAAACUUAGGCCAACUACAGACGGGGAGUAUACUAUGUACAGCGGACGUAUCUUCGCUGUACACAUCUAUCCCACACACAGAAGGAAUUAGGGCAGUGAAAUUAGCCUUAGAUGGGAGAGGUCCGCAGGCACAACCCAGCACGUGGAUCCUCCUUCGGAUGAUUGCAUUAAUAUUAACAAACAACUGUUUUAGGUUCAACACGGACUAUUAUUUGCAGAAACUAGGUACCGCCAUGGGGACCAAGAUGGCACCUAACUAUGCAAUAAUUUUCAUGGAUUACAUUGAGAAGAAAUUCCUAGCCACACAAGAAAAAAUACCACUAGUUUGGUGGAGAUAUAUAGAUGACAUUUUCUUUAUAUGGACACAUACAAGAGAGGAACUUGCCUCCUUUUGUGAAGCCAUGAACUCAAACCACCCAACAAUUAAGUUCACCUUUGAUAUCAGUGAUACCGAGGUCAACUUCUUAGACACCACUAUAUACAAACUACCGGACGGCAACUUGGGAAGCAAACUGUAUAACAAACCCACUAAUGCGUUUUUAUACUUGCACUACCACAGCUGUCACCCCAAACGUUCCAAAACCAGUAUCCCAUACUCACAAGCAUUAAGAAUCAAGAAAAUAUGCAGUGACCCAAACCACUUCGAACAGGAAUGCUCCAACCUAGUAGGGAGAUUCAGAAAAAAGAGGAUACCCGCUUAA